AUUUCUUCCCCGUCUUUACAGCCGAACAGGUGUUCGGUAGUUAGCCAACUAGCCGUGGAGGCUACCUCCGUUAGCAUGAGCCCCUUAUUGCAGUUGAUGUGAACUGAGUGGAAAUUCACCAGCUUGGGUGAAUGUCUGAACUCAUGUUGAAGAUAUUGUCAUGGAAGAGGGCCUUCGGCUGCAGACAGAGCCCACUUUUAAGCUCUGUUGCAUGCGAAUGGCUCCCUGUUGCUGUGUCUCUUGUCCUGAUCAUUUUCAUCUGAGGAACACGGAUGUAACAGAAGCUAACGACACUUAGGUGGGUAACGGCGUGUUGCUAAAUGGAGUCGGAGCAGCUCUACCACAGAGGCUACUGCAGGAACAGCUACAACAGCAUCGCCAGUGCCAGCAGUGACGAGGAGCUGCUGGAUGGAGCCGGCAUCAUCAUGGACUUCCACACCACCGAGGAUGACAACCUGCUUGAUGGGGACGCUGCCUCCCCAGGCUCUAACUACGCCAUGUCUAAUGGCGGCGGGGCAGCCAGUAGCACCACCCAUCUGUUGGACUUCCUGGAGGAGCCCAUUCCAGGAGUGGGAACGUACGACGACUUCCACACCAUCGACUGGGUCCGCGAGAAGUGCAAGGAUCGCGAGAGACACAGGAAGAUCAACAGCAAGAAGAAAGAGUCGGCAUGGGAGUUCACCAAGAGCCUGUACGACGCCUGGUCCGGGUGGCUGGUCGUGACGCUCACCGGCUUGGCAUCAGGUGCUUUGGCUGGCCUGAUUGACAUUGCUGCUGAUUGGAUGAAUGACCUGAAGGAAGGUGUUUGUCUGAGCGCCAUGUGGUUCAACCACGAGCAGUGCUGCUGGACGUCCAAUGAGACCACCUUCGCUGAGAGGGACAAAUGUCCUCAGUGGAAGAGCUGGGCCGAACUAAUAUUGGGACAGGCCGAGGGCCCCGGCUCUUACAUCAUGAACUACUUCAUGUACAUCUACUGGGCUCUGUCCUUCGCCUUCCUGGCCGUCUGUCUGGUCAAGGUUUUUGCUCCGUAUGCCUGCGGCUCAGGAAUCCCAGAGAUCAAGACAAUCCUGAGUGGGUUCAUCAUCCGGGGCUACUUGGGUAAGUGGACCCUGAUGAUUAAGACCAUCACUCUGGUGCUGGCGGUGGCGUCGGGGCUCAGCCUGGGGAAGGAGGGCCCCCUGGUCCACGUGGCCUGCUGCUGCGGGAACAUCUUCUCCUACCUCUUCCCAAAGUACAGCAAGAACGAGGCGAAGAAGCGAGAGGUUCUGUCGGCCGCAUCGGCUGCUGGGGUCUCUGUAGCUUUUGGAGCACCGAUUGGAGGAGUUCUGUUCAGCUUGGAAGAGGUGAGCUACUACUUCCCUCUGAAGACCCUGUGGCGCUCCUUCUUUGCUGCACUGGUGGCGGCCUUCGUUCUGCGCUCCAUCAACCCCUUCGGUAACAGCCGCCUGGUGCUGUUUUACGUGGAGUACCACACUCCCUGGUACCUCUUUGAGCUCAUCCCCUUCAUCCUCCUGGGGGUGUUCGGAGGACUCUGGGGCGCCUUCUUUAUCCGAGCCAACAUCGCCUGGUGCCGGAGACGCAAGUCCACACGCUUCGGGAAGUACCCGGUGUUGGAGGUGAUCCUGGUGGCUGCCAUCACAGCGGUGGUUGCUUUCCCUAACCCCUACACCCGUCAGAACACCAGUGAGCUGAUCAAAGAGCUGUUCACCGACUGCGGCCCGCUGGAAUCCUCCCAGCUGUGCCAGUACCGCAGCCAGAUGAACGGCAGCACCGCUUACACAGACGACCCCAACCAGCCGACAGAACCGGGUCUCUACUCUGCCAUGUGGCAGCUCUGCCUGGCGCUCAUCUUUAAAAUCAUCAUGACGAUAUUCACAUUUGGACUGAAGGUACCGUCAGGUUUGUUCAUCCCCAGCAUGGCCAUUGGAGCAAUCGCAGGGCGAAUUGUCGGCAUCGCCAUGGAGCAGCUGGCGUAUUACCACCACGACUGGUUCCUGUUCAAAGAGUGGUGCGAGGUCGGAGCCGACUGCAUCACUCCGGGCCUCUAUGCCAUGGUGGGGGCCGCAGCGUGUUUGGGUGGCGUGACCCGUAUGACUGUCUCACUGGUGGUCAUCGUCUUUGAACUGACCGGCGGCUUGGAAUACAUCGUCCCCCUCAUGGCCGCAGUCAUGACCAGCAAAUGGGUGGGCGACGCGUUCGGCCGCGAGGGAAUCUACGAGGCUCAUAUCCGUCUGAACGGAUACCCCUUCCUGGACGCCAAGGAGGAGUUCACUCACACCACGCUGGCCAGAGACGUGAUGAGGCCCCGGAGCAGCGACCCGCCGCUGGCGGUGCUGACGCAGGACGACCUGACGGUCGAGGAGCUGCAGGGCAUCAUUAAUGACACCAGUUGUAAUGGUUUCCCAGUGAUCGUGUCCAAGGAGUCGCAGAGACUGGUGGGCUUCGCUCUGCGCAGGGACAUCACGAUUGCUAUCGAAAACGCUCGCCGCAAGCAGGAGGG